AUGGAGAAAUCUAUAAACACUACCACCACCAGCAGCAGCUCUAGUAGUUUGAAUUGCGGUGACAUUAAUAGUAGUAAUAAUAAUAAUAGUAAUAACAAUCAAACUCAAAAUUCUACUACAACUGAAGAAUUAUGUGGUAGUAGUACUAACGACAGCAAUAUAAAUCAAACAACUACAACUGUAUCUACUACUCCUGUAUCUACUACUACUACUACACCUCAAUCAACUCAACAUCUAUAUCCUAAUGAUUUAGAUUUAGAUUUAACAAAUAAUAAUAAUAAUAAUAAUAAUAAUAAUAAUAGUAGUGAACCAUUAAAAGUAGUAGAAGAUACAAUGAGGGAAAGAACAGCUACGACAACAUCGACAACAUCAACUUCGUCAGUGUCAUCAACUUCGUCAUCAUCAUUGUCAUCACCAGUAGGAGCAGCGACAGCAGAGUCAUCAUAUCUAAGGUUGAUAGAUUAUUUUAUCGUUUGUGGAUUGAAUCGAUCGAUUGUUGUAAAUCAUGCAGACCGACCAUAUCAAGCUGAAAUACUUGAUAGGUUCCCAUUACAUAAUCAUGAUAAUGCUCCUCUUCCUUCUCAUUAUUGGAUGUUUUGUUUUCCAAAAGGAUUAAUGUUGAGAGAGACAAUGACCGAUCCAUCACUUUCAAUGUUUUGUUUGACAGAGUUUGAUGGAGCAAGAUUCUAUGCCAGCUCAUUAAUAUAUUAUAUACCAAUUCCAAAGGAUAGAAAUGAAUCAUCAAUCAAAACAUUGUAUAAACCUGUAUCUAUAAAUUUAUUAUCAAGAUUCCCAUGCUAUGAUAUUCUUCGAAAUAUAUUAAGGUAUUUGUAUCGUUGUACCAGACCCGGUGUGAAACUUGGUCUGCCAAUCGAACGAAUCAUUUCAAAUAUCAUACAUGAUCUACCACGUCCAAUUCCUGGAUACAAAUUCAUAUUUAAUUUACCUACUUUUAAUCAUCAUCAUAUUAAUAAUAAUAAUCCAAAUAAUAAUAAUAAUAAUAAUCAAAAUCAAAAUCAAUCGACUAACCAAAUCACCACUACCGAAUCAUUCCAAUACCAUCAAACUAACCGACCAAGUUUACCAAAUGUUGAUAUAUCAUUUAAAUUCAUAUUUAAUUGUAUUGGUAUACAAAAUGUAUUAAAGAUAUUUUCAUUAAUUUUACAUGAAAGAAAGAUAUUAUUCUUUUCAUCAAAUGAAACCUUGUUGACUACUGCGUGCGAGUCAAUUGCUCAUUUACUCUAUCCAUUCCAAUGGCCACAUGUAUUUAUUCCCAUUCUACCAAAUAUUUUAAUCGAUUUUUUACAAGCUCCUACUCCUCUUAUCGUUGGUAUGCACAAUACUACCAAAAAUUUAGAUAUUGAAUUCACUGAUAUUAUUGUUGUAAAUCUUGAUCAAUCAACAUUAAAUAUUCCAUCAAAUAUAGCAGUACCUAAUCUACCAGAAAAAGAAGUUAAAUUGCUUGAAAGUAGAUUAUCUAAAAUAUUAUUUCCUGAAAUGUGGAAUGUCCAUUUGGCAUUCCCAUCAUCAUCAUCAUCACUAUUAGAGUCAUCUGUAGAACAAUAUGAAAACCAAUUGGAUGUUAAUGCCAAGAUAAGGUCUUGUUUCCUCAGCUUCUUUUUAUCCUUUUUCCACAAUGUCAACGAGUAUCGAUACCUCUUGAGAAAGUAUCCAAAACCAAUCACCUCAUUUAAUACUGCUUCAUUUUUAAUCAAACAUAAUAAUACUGAAGUUGUUAACUUUUUAACAUCAGUUUUGGAAACAUCAGCUGUAACAUCAUUCCUUGAUCAGAAUAUAUCGAGUGGAUCAUUUUUCUAUUAUAUUUGUAAAUUACACGAACAAGAGGUUAGUUUGAAUCCGACGACUACCUUUUACGACACUAUUGUCAAGUCGCUGGCAGACACGCAGAGUCAUCUCGGCGACUUGGAGGUGAUCCAACCACCAGGAGCAGACGACUCGCCAAUCAGUAGCGACGGUGCUGAAGAGUUGUUGGAAUACUCGUACCAAAAUGGAAUUCCAGAGUUGAAUGAAACCAACUUUUCUACGCGUGGUCAUUUUUCCGUUAGUUGUAGUAUUACUCGUGCCAAACCAUUCAAACCGUCUCUUCCUUUGCAACAACAGACACCAGUGGUAUCACCAGAGAAACCACACCACCCUCAACUACAACACCAACAAUCGGCGGUUCAACUUCGAAAAGAGUCAUUGUUAAAGUCACCUAGCAGCAACAACAUUAUUCCAAGCUCACCGAGCAAUGGAAACCCAUUGACUAGUAUCAAGCUAAACAGCGAUCAAGAACUACUCAAAGAGUUUAUACAAAAGUAUACAGAGAUGAUAUUCGAGGACGAGCAUACUGUGUCUCAUAAAGGUGGAGCGGUUGAUUUGGAACAACAGAAUCUACUACUCAACCUAUUUACAUUGGCCAAGAGUAGAGAGUACUUUGUCGAGGCAUUGUCAGCAAUUGAAAUAUCACACAAAAAAGUAUUAUUCUUUUUAGGCAACUGGCGUCUCUUUUUACUGGUUGAAAUCAUUAAAAAGAUAUUCAACGAGUGUGACCAUGCAGCCGACUUUAAAACAGCGUCACUCUUGUUGACGCGUAUCAACGAUAUCUAUUAUUCAACUGCACAUAAUACAUCUCCUGGUGGAGGUGGUGGACAGAUGGUUGGAAAUAACCUGGUUGGCGCAGCGACUGCUUUAAAAUCAGAGCAGGAUAUUCAGCUGCCACUAUGCAACCAUUUCCUCAAUCUUGGGUUAUGGCGAAACACACAUUUUUGGGAAUCAUGUUUCUUUGACAAUGUGCAAUCGUCGAGAAAGGAAAAGUUGACACCUAUAUUCCACGACUAUCUAUUUGAUGAUUGGGAGUUGUACAAUGCCGACAAACAGAGACAAUUGGUCGAGACUGAAGAGAAUGUUCUCUUUUCCAUCCUCAGUUCAUUUGCCUAUCAAAUGAUCCGUCUCAAAGUAUCCACCGUCGAAACAUCCCGGUUCGUCUCUCGUAUGGCAUCCCUCACCUCCCUCAACGACGACCAUGUAGAUACACUCGAAGAACUAGUCGAACGUAUCUUUAAAGCUCAUGCAAUCGAAUCAAGUAACCUACCAAAUCAAAAUAAUAAUAAUAAUCAUAUUAAUGAUACAUCUCAUUUUAACAAAUCUGAUAUUAAAUAUUUUACAGGAUCAGUUAGAAGAAAUAUAGAGAUUGAAAAGGAUGGAGCUAAACAAAUCUAUACUAAACUGAUUGAAAAUAAGAGGAAAAAGGAAAGGGUACAUGAAAAUUCAUUGGGUGGUGGUCAGACUUUGGGUCGUGCAAGUCACGAGAAUUUAAAGGAAAAGGGUGUAAUGGAUAUGACGACGACGACAAGUACAGUGUCACAAGAUAGAACAGUUGAUAAAAAGGAUGGACAUACAGUGACGACACUCAAGGGUGGAUCAUUUAUUUUAAAUCCAAAUAGUGGUGGAGGUGGAGGUGGAGCAGGAGGAGCAGGAGCUCAAAACAUUCCAGUCAACAAAAGUACAAUAGAAAGAGUUCAAAAACAACAACAACAAUUAAAGAAAUCAAAUAUUCUAAAUACUAGUAUUGGUAAUUUACGUAGUAGUAUUAAUAGUCUUGGUAGUAGUGGUGGUAGUGGUAGCGGUGGUAGUAUUAUAUUAUCAAAUUCUUCUUCCUCAUCCUCUUCAUCCUCUUCAUCAUCCUCAUUAUCAUCAUCGACAGUUUCAUCAUUGUCAUCUUCAACUUCAUCCAUUCCCAUUUCAACCCCUCCACAAUCUUCUCCAAACCAUAUUAUUAAUAAUAACGUUGGGAAUGGUGCACUAUUAACAUCUGGAAAUGGAUCAGGGUAUUCAAGACCAAUGGGAAUUACAAAGACCAAAGGAGGACCUAUUAUUACUGAAAAGGAAAAGGAAAAGGAACGACCCUCGUCUGAUUCACCUUCAAUGUCAUCAUCAUUUUUAAAUUCUGUUGGUUUAAUGCCAUCUCAUCAUCGAUCUAUGAAUGAAUCGGAACUGUCAAACAGUCUUACAUUUGGAAGUAGCAGUAGUUCAUUUGGCAAUGGUAAUAGUGGUAAUAAUACACCAUCAAAUGGUGUUGGUGUCCAAUCGACAUCUUCAUCAACCACUUCAACACCAUCUACAUCUCCCACCAAUAUUGUUCGUAGUCAAUUGACCAGUAGUUAUAGUGGAGGAGGUAAUAAUAGUGGUUGGCAAAUAGGUUCACCUUCAUCAAAAUCUAGAAUUCAUCAUUCACCACCUUCAUCAUCCUCAUCCUCAUCCUCCUCAUCUUCCUCCUCAACGUCAUCUUCAGCAAUAUCGUCACCGACAUCACCAUCAUCAACAUCCUCACAACCAACAAAUAAAUCACCAUAA